GAUACCUGGAGGCCGAGUGUUCGUCAUCCCGUGCAUCCAGAAGUUACAGAGGAUUUCCCUGAACACUCUGACUCUGAAUGUGAAGAGCGAUAAAGUGUACACCCGCCAUGGGGUGCCCAUCUCUGUCACUGGGAUAGCCCAGGUCAGUGAGCAUCACUGCAGAGGGACCAGCGGGCUACCCUACCAGUGAAGCAGGAGGAGGUUUCAGGGGGACAGGUCUAAAGUACUUAACAAAUAGUUAAUGUAGGUCAUCAGAAGGAAAAAAACAUCAGUUAUUAUCUUGACUAAACUGUAUAAUAAAGAUGUAGCUGUAAGCUUUGUGUAUCUGUUCAGUCAGGAUACCCAACAUGGCUCCUCCACAUCUGAGUGUGACAUCUACCCAGUGGUGGGAGAAGGACUCAGAUCAUGCAUUCACAUUUUUAAUUGAGGAGAGAUGAAGAUCCAGGGUCAGAAUAAACAGAUGCUGGCCGCAGCAUGCCAAAUGUUCAUGGGGAAGUCAGAGGCCGAGAUCGCUCAGAUCGCCUUGGAGACGCUGGAGGGCCACCAGCGGGCCAUCAUCGCCCACCUGACCGUCGAGGAGAUCUACAAGGACAGAAAGAAGUUCUCAGAGCAGGUUUUUAAGGUGGCUUCCUCUGACCUGGUCAACAUGGGUAUCAGCGUGGUCAGCUACACGCUCAAAGAUGUUCACGAUGACCAGGAUUAUCUGCAUUCACUGGGGAAAGCUCGAACUGCCCAGGUUCAGAAAGACGCUCGCAUUGGAGAGGCCAAGAACAAGAGAGAUGCUGUGAUCAGGGAGGCCCAUGCAAUGCAGGAGAAAGUCUCGGCUCAGUACAAGAAUGAGAUCGACAUGGCAAAGGCCCAGAGGGACUACGAGCUGAAGAAGGCAGCCUAUGACAUCGAGGUUAACACAAAGAAGGCGGAGUCAGAGAUGGCCUAUCAGCUGCAGGUAGCGAAGACGAAGCAGCGUAUCGAGGAGGAGAGGAUGCAGGUCCAGGUGGUCGAGCGGACGCAGCAAAUCAUGCUGCAGGAGCAGGAGAUCACCCGCAGGGAGAAGGAGCUGGAGGCCAAGGUGAAGAAACCUGCAGAGGCUGAGAGGUACCGCCUGGAGAAACUGGCUGAGGCUCAGCGUCUUAAGUUGAUCAUGGAGGCUGAGGCCGAAGCCGAAUCCAUCAGGAUUAAAGGUGAGGCUGAGGCCUUUGCAGUGGAGGCCAAGGGUCGAGCUGAGGCGGAGCAGAUGGCGAAGAAAGCGGAGGCCUUCCAGCAGUACAAGGAUGGAGCCAUGGUGGACAUGCUGCUGGAGAAACUGCCUCUGAUGGCAGAAGAGAUCAGCAAGCCUCUGUGUGGAGCCAACAAGGUGACCAUGGUGUCCAGUGGAGGAGGCGAGGUGGGUGCAGCCAAACUGUCAGGAGAGGUGCUGGACAUCAUGCUCCGCCUCCCCGAGGCCGUGGAGAAACUGACUGGAGUCAGCAUCUCCCAGGUGACCUCUAACACAGAGUGAAGUGAAUCAACCAGUCUGGUUACCAGGCAGAUCCAUUCUUCUUUGCAUGAGUCUGCUAAUACUAAUAACCUUUCUCCUCUGCUCUAAUUUCUGUCUUACAUCAUCUGUAUAGCCGUUUCCCCUCCUGUAGCUCUGUCGACAUCUUACUGUGAUGUUUCUGUGUUGUAACGUACACUUUUUUAAUGUUUGUCUGUUUUUCGGUCACUGAUACUGAGGUCUGUCUGGGCUAAAGUACUGUGCUCUGCUGGCUACAGUUACAGUUGCUAUUCCAGUUUUUUGUUUUCAUAUAGUCCACUGAUAUUGCAUUAUAAUCAGCAUUAACAAAAAGCAUUCAAAUUACAAAACUUGCCACGUGUUUUCUUUUCAAGAUUUAGGCCUUUUGAUUUAAUUUACAUUGGCUUGACCGCAUUUUAAAAUGCAGCAUAACAAGCAACAAAUGUAACUGUAGCCUCUGUGUAACCUAUAAGUUGUAAAUGUUCACUUUGUCUUAACAGUGCUGUCUUUUCCUACCUUCUUCUUUCUGCACUGUCAAGUUUUGUGUGUCUGUGUCACACUAAUGAGAAAGUCUGUGCCUGUGUUUAUCCUAAAUGUCUCCUCCAUAACUGCCUGUUCACUGCCUUGCUGCCAAACCUUAAGUGCAUCUUAACAAGAACGUUUAACACACAUUCAAAAACUUAAUUUACUAAAGCUACUAACAUUACGAGACUGGACAUUAUUAGACCAACACCACAGCCUGUGGUUUUAGCAUCACCCAUUUCUCACCAUGUGAUUCUGACUGAACUCAUCAAGGAAGAGUUAUCAUAUCAUCAAUCCUUUAAAAGUCUUUAAACAGGGUUUCCACGGUUAUGGAGAAGCUGGAAAAGUUAUGGAACUCCAAUGUCUUGUUUUUCAGGCCUGGAAAAGUCGUGAAAUUAGUAAAAUCGCUUAAAGUUUUGGAAGAGUCAUGGAGUUAGUAAAAUCAUGGAUAGUUUUGGAAAAGUCAUGGAAAAUAAAAUCAAAUAAAAAUUCAUUGUUACAGUAAUCUUUUGCGGAUAACCUUCCACAUAAUGUAGCAUAAUGGCGAAUGAAGGAAGAAGCUUCUUGGAUGAGAGGGGAGACGUCUUCAAGCACUUAUGAUUACCAUGACCUGAAUGACUGAGAAUCUUCACCGACAUAAUGGCGAAUGUUUUUUCUGUAGCUGUUGAUGUAACAAAGCUCUUAUAUGCGCCGUUGCAUGACAUUUUGCUCGCCCUCCAUGUUUGGCAGCUAGCAGGAAAUGUUUUUGAAUAGAAUAAUGUGGUGCCAGUGUGAUCUGACAUGGCAGGUAAUGAAUCCCAAAGUUUUCAUACUGAUGCCCCAUUUAUACUUUUUAAAUUAUACCGCAUUUUUGAAAAUGCAUGGGCAGCCAAGGGCGUUCAAUUGUCACGUGCCAGUGCACACUUUGCUUUCAUGUUUACUGCUCUGAAAAUAGAGCGUGGUAGUUCGAAGGUGCAGAGCAUUCUUUUUUCCGAACAAAUUAACCAAUGGGCUAACCAAACUGUCGGCUGUCACUCCCCCACUCUGGGAGCUCUACUGCUCCCUGUCCACAGAAUUAUAGUAAUAAUAAUAUAAUUAACAUUUGGAGUAAAGUGUACUACACAGAUCUGUUCAUGUCAUAUGUUGUGAAUGGCCAUGAAAAUGUGUGGGAACCCUGUUUAAAGUUGUCAUGGAUGGUUGCAAAUUAACAGGUAAUCAAAAUUGUAAUCUGUAAAUCUGAUGCCUUUCUCAAUCAACACUAACAUCUUCUGAUCUUGUCCUGCUUAAUCAGGGUUAACAUUUUGAGGAUUCUGGGAAAAUAAAUUACUUAAGGACCCUUUGCUUAAGGCAUACCACUAUAAAACAACAUCAAAUAUUUAAACCCUGUGCAGGAGCCCCAUACCACAAUUAUCUAAAUUACUGUAUGCAAAACUAUUAGCAAAUGUUGUGCAGGUUCACUAACCCAUCUUUAGCUCACUAACUUACGCUUACUAACCAUUUCCGCACUAAACAUGUCUGUUCUCUAACUGAUAGUUUGAUAUCUAUCAUCAGAGCAAUGCAAUGAUCACUUCAGACCUCACAGCCCUUUCUACUGGAUGCUUACAGUGUUGGCAAUUCAGGAAAUUCGGCUCAAUUUACUCUGAACCUCAGUGUAUGUCUAUCUAGACAACAGAAUAUAGUACGUACAAUUUUUGAAUAUAAAAUCGGAUGUUACAAGAGAAUGUGAAAGCUUUUGAUUUAAAGUUCAUGAUCGAGCAAAAUGAGAAUUUAUAAUUUAUUGUCAUACUCUGAUGCUGUAAUGACCACCAUGGUUAAAGUCCCUUAUCUCCGUCCAUCAUUAACAGUAGGUUUACAGGUCAGGACACUUGAACAAAACAGAUGUAGGCUAAAACAAGAGCUUGACCGUGGAUCUUUUGGUUCAGGUUCACUUGAGAUUUUGCCACCUUGCUGCCCAGUAAUACACACACUCUACUAGAUGUAUACCUAAAGUAAAGCAGUACUGUUUGUGUUAUUAUGACAAGCCAUGUAGCAGCUCUCAUAAAAGUGUAGCUUGUGGAAGUAAAGGGAAAUGUGGUGUAAAGUAUAGCUUUAGCCUUCUAUUGUAGCAAUUGGAAUACUACAGUGUCAUUUUGAGAUAACUGUAUUGAAAUGCUGAACUAUGUAUCAUUAUUAUUAUUUUUUUUUAUGAGAGCCUAACAUGAAGAGGUAUGCAGAUGCUGAACAGUCAGUGAGAUUACUCAUUGUCAGAUGAUGCCAGCGUUUACUGCAGGGAAAGGGAAAGGCUUUGAUCAGAUUGGUGGUCAGAUAUGGACAAAAUAAGACGUUGGAUCAUUUAUUUAUUUUCUUCACCUCACUCUAGUCAAUCUUGCUGUAUUGUGUACUUAUUCAACUUAUUUAUUAUUAUGAUAAAGUUAAUACCAAACAAGCCAUUGUAAGGAAUUGAAAAUCUCUUGCACAGUAAUUUCUCAUCUUGGAGUCAGUGCACCCAGAAUGAGCUAACUUUGAGUAUUGGUUCCUAAAAAUAGUUCCAGCUUGCCUUAUACCAUAACCCUAUCCUACUGUCACCCUCCACCUAUAACCUCUGGGGCUGGGUAUUCAAAACAUGUUUUAUCUUUUGUUGUAUUAGCAUAAAAAGAAAACAUUAAAGGGACCCCCCACACACACCACACACACACACACACACACACACACACACACACACACACACACACACACAAAAACAUAAAAAUACAUACUUUUCGUCUUACCUGUAGUGCUACUUAUUUAUCUAGACAUUUUAGUGAGUUGCCAAUUGUUGGAGAUAUUGGCUGUAGAGAUGUCAGCCUUCUCUCCAAUAUAACGGACCUAGAUGGCACUCAGCUUGGGGUGCUCAAAGCGCCAGAAAAAGGGUUAGAAAACUCAACACCCGUGUCUCUUACCAGAGAUCAUGACCUGCUCACUCAAGAUAAUCCACAGACCUUUUUGUGAGCAGUUUCAUGUAGGAACUAUAUUGUCUCUUUCUAUUACCAUGCAGAAGGAAGUGUGCAUCUACUCAUUAGCCCUUUUUAGAUAGGAAUUGUGCAAAUUUGCAGGAAAGCCCAAUCAAUCUUUUUUCAGCAUUGACAGUUUAAAAACAAAAUCGGGGAGUGCAGCAAAAUGCCGCCUACCUACUUUUGUUUAAAUACAGAAUGCACCUUUUUCGGGGCAAUGGGGGGUGUGAGCAAGUAACAAAACCUGUAGCUCAGCGUGUGACGUAAACAGUGACGUUGGAGGAAAGCCGCGGCUAGUCAGUCCGUCUGCAAUUCUCUCGUAAGUCGGCCCAUUCUUCACCGUUCCCGUCAUCUGACGGUUAAUGGCCUCUUAAUUUGCAAGUGCAAGGAGGGCGCACAGUUCCUUGUCUCCCCAGUUGCUCAUCUUUACAGUGUCUGUCAGGUUUGCGUUUCCCUCUUGCUACUAGCUGCUCGCUAAUUCCUGCUAUCAGCGUUUCCUGUUUAUCCACCGCCAGUGGGUCGCACGUCAUCAACAGCUUCUCCCACAAGUCUUCAACAGCCCCUCCCGUUGCGGAAAGCCGCCUCGGUCUGUUUAAACUAAAAGGUUUCCACCAAUAUGACUACCCUACGAGGCGGAAAAUUGGGCACCUCGGAUCAACUCGCUAAUCCGGCCCUGUGUGUCUAAACACUCGCAGCUUGCCGGCAAAACGGCCCAACAUUUGCGGAAAAUCUGGCAGUGUAAAAGGGGCUAUUGACAAGAGGCUCCUGCUCUUGACAGUGCAGUGCAUGAGAACGUUAGUGGUGUCCUCCUCGGUUGAGGUGUAACGUUAGCUAGCUAAAUGGUACUGGUUGAGCUAGCAGUAGAUGCGCACUUCUUUCGGCGUGAUGAUACAGUUGGUGUAGUUGGAUAGAAAUAAAGUAGUUCCUAUAGAUUGCACUACAUGAAAGAGGAAAGAUAUAUAUUUUGGUAUUUUUUAAGAAUCUUACAAUAAAAACAUUGAUUGCUUUUCUUUAAAAUUAGAAAAUUAAUUGCAUGUUUGGUUUUGUUUGUCUGAGCUGUAUGACAGCAAUGACUUUAGCCAACAAUGGUCAUUUCUUUUCCCUCGAUGGUACCCAACCUGAACACCUCAUUAUAUGUCUGUUUGUGACUUUGUUCUCUGCACUGUUGAUUACAGUACAGCCAAAUGUAUUAAAAUGGCUUUCUGAAGGUACGUUUUAUUUAUUUGAAGGUUAGUACUACUGUUUAAAUGCAUGCAUCUACCUGUCACACUUUAACUGCAAUUUAAUCUUGGAAAACACAUUUUCAGUCAGGAUGCUGUAUGCUACUUUACUGUGGAAUCACCAAAGUAGGAGGAGAUGGAUCGGAUAGUUAUAGAAAAGGAAAUGUAUCUUGGUACCUCUGUGAUAUUUAAAGUGUAAUGAUACUCAAAGUUACACUACGUAUGGAUAUAGAUGUAUUUCUAUAGUAUAUACUGUAUAUUUGAUAUUUACAGGAUCAGUGUAGCACUGUUGGUUUCCCAAGUCGCCAUUAAGAACUCUACUAACUCACUAACAGCAGUGUUUUAUUAUAAACGUAUUUAAGCUACAAUCAGUAUAGUAGAGUUUUCUGUAUUAUUUCAACUCACUAGUGAAGUUCUGCCAAGGAAGAUACCACUUUGUUGCUUUUUAAUUAGUGUCUGUGCACUUUAAGAAAUUUGUGUCUGUAGGAAAAUGUUAUUCUGCAAACCUGUACACAAUAAAGUUGUCAUUAAAUUGCAAAAGGGAAACCAUGUAUAUCCUUUACUGUUUGUGAAAACAGAAUGAUUAUAUCCUGUAUUUUACUGCUAUGUGUUACUUAUAAAUCUUUACUCCUGUAUUAUUUCUGUUUACACAUCUUAUUUGUGCAUGUUUUUUGACUGAUUUGCUCCACUAUUUGUUUUGCAUCACUGGAUAAGUUGUGUUGCUUUUGAAUAGUCAGUUAGUCAACAACAAAAAAAGGACCCUAUGAAGAAGCUGCAUGAGGAAGUCCUAAUA